CACGUGAAGCCUGUGAUUGUUGACCGAGGAUCAGCUGAUGCUUUAAGAGACGUUUCUCUCCGGUGUGAUUGUAUAGAUCUGUGUCAUUUAUAAAAGACCAAGACGUGGUUUUAGUGGAGCUUCGUGGUGCAGCAGACAGACAGCAGACAGCAGACAGCAGACAUGGCGCUCAGCGAUGCGGACGUCCAGAAGCAGAUCAAGCACAUGAUGGCUUUCAUUGAGCAGGAGGCCAAUGAAAAAGCAGAGGAAAUUGAUGCCAAGGCAGAAGAAGAGUUUAACAUCGAGAAGGGUCGCCUGGUGCAGACUCAGAGGCUGAAGAUCAUGGAGUACUAUGAAAAGAAGGAAAAACAAAUUGAGCAGCAGAAGAAAAUUCAAAUGUCCAACUUGAUGAACCAGGCCAGAUUGAAGGUGCUGAAGGCUCGUGAUAACAUGAUCACGGACAUGAUAAACGAUGCACGUAAUAGGCUGGCUAAUGUAGCCAGAGAUCCAGCUCGGUACUCAGCCCUGAUGGACGGACUAGUGCUACAGGGAUUUUAUCAGCUGCUUGAACCCAAAGUGGUGAUCCGUUGCCGAAAGCAAGACCUGGCCAUGGUGCAGGCUGCUGUGCAGAAAAACAUCCCCAUCUACAAAGCAGCUGUGAAGUGCAAUCUUGAAGUGCGGAUCGACCAGGACAACUUCCUCCCUUCAGAUAUCUCGGGUGGGAUUGAGCUCUAUAAUGCAGAUGGCAAGAUUAAAGUGUCAAACACUCUGGAGAGCAGGCUGGACCUUCUGGCUCAGCAGAUGAUGCCUGAAAUCCGAGUUGUCCUGUUUGGCGUGAAUCAGAACCGCAAGUUCAUGGACUAAUCAUCUCUGGGUGUGAUCCAAGGAGCGUUCGGGUCCAGAAUAGAUCAAACCCACAUUGCUUCUGUCUUUAUUUUUAUUCAGAUGUAAAAGAUUAAAUUCAUGUGUAUAAGCAGUAUUUAACUUAAGAAUUGUAUGUACAUGUUCGUGGUGCAUUUUGUGAUUCGUUGUUGCUGUAUGAUUGAUUUUUAGAUUCUAAGGAUCAUAUGUUUACAUGUGUGUCUGAAUGCUUACAGUCGUGACUCCAAAACAAGUCUUAAUGCUAUCUGGAGAUUCUCCAAUAUUUAAGACAUUCCUCUAUAUUUUAGUUUACGUUCUUGUACAAGUUAUGUCGUAAAAACAUUUUUGUCAGAACACUGAGAUUACAUGAAUGUGGAAAUAACUGAAAGAAAUAAAGAAUAUUCCGUGACCUAUUGA